AUGGCCUGGACAGACCUCCAGUCUGUUCUUUCUCAACCGGCCUGCCAUGACUCUAACAUCACGGUGCACGUCUCUAAGACCACCAAUAGAUCGUUUGUCAACCAAGUCUAUGACCUAGAUAUCCUCUAUGCGCUUGCCGGCAAGCAGAUUUUGGUCUCCAAUUCCUACAGUAUUUCGUCCCGACUAUGCGAACCUUCCCAGACCAACACCCACUCGGAUACUCUCCAGGUCAUGAUCCAUGGGGCGUCGUUCAAUAAGAACAUGUGGGAUUCUCAAUACCAACCGGAGACUUACAGCUGGGUUCAACGCAUGAAUAAGGAGGGCUAUUACACCCUCGCCGUGGAUCUGAUCGGAAACGGAAACAGUACAUUCCCCGAUGGCCUCCUGGAGGCCCAGACUCAAACUUAUGUUGAGACAACCCACCAGCUGAUCCAGCAGAUCCGCAAUGGCACCGUCGGCGGCCGCCGAUGGCGCAAGGUUGUCAUUGUCGGUUUUUCCAUCGGGGCCAUCGUCGCCAACUCGCUCGCCCAGCAAUAUCCAGAAGAUAUGGAUGCAAUUGUACUGCACGGCAUCUCUUGGGAUUCCAGCUGGAUCUAUCCCGCCUUUCUCGCUGGACUCCAGGCACCCGCCCCGCAGAUUGACCCAGCUCGUUGGGGCCAAAUUCCGGCGACCUAUCAAACCCAGUCGACUCGGGAAGGUCGAAAAGUGGCAUGCUUCGCGGGAUCAUACGAUGAAAACAUUCUGGAAUACGACUGGAAUACCCGCGAUUUCGACUCUAUGGGGGCCGCUGUGACCUUUGUUUAUCACCUGGUGGAAGCGCCGAAGUACACUGGUCCAGUAUUCUUAGGUAUCGGUGACCGGGACGCAACCUUUUGUGGCGGUCAACGUUGCGGCAGUCAGCCAUAUGCGUUGUAUGACAAGUUUCCCAGCGCCAUUGAUCAUGACAUCAACUUGUAUCCCGAAACCGGACACUUGAUUCUCUUCCAUCGAGCUGCGCCAACCUUGAUGGCUGACUCGCUUGCUUUCUUGAGGAAGCAUAAUUUGUGA